AUGCCUCCGAAGACUAGAAGCCGCGCGAAGAACGAACGCACGGUGACCGUAAGCCAAGCGGCGCACAAAGGAGGUGCGAAGGCUCAAGUCGCGAGCCGGACGAAAACGACACAUGGAGCUGCGAAGCCGCAAGUUGCCGAGCAGGUCAAGAGCUUGGACGUCCCAGCGAUGCUUCAAAAGGUCGAGCAAGAGAACGAUGCACUGAGAGUCACGCUGGAGAAGACUGAGCUCGACCUCGCGCUGGCCCAGUCGAGGCUGCAGAUGUUCCGACAAGUGAGCGACGCUUUGGGCUGCGCGACCAAUCGCGGCGCCGCCUCCAAGAGCGAGCUCAAAGCAGCGCUGCUGCGCUACAACGGCGGCGUGGACGACUUCGUUAACUCCCUCAAUCUCGAUGGCGAGGUCACGUAUUUUGUCCAAGCAAUGCGUUGCAUCUUGCUGCCGGACGCUUUCGAAGGCACGCAGCAAUAUAUCGCGCAGCUCUCCAGCAUGUCGGGCGCAAGCGACCGCGGCAGAGUCAAGUUGACGAACUUCCUGCGCGACUGCAUCCACCGCUUCGUGCAUCAUCGCUUCGCGACCACCUUCUGCUGGGAGGCCGCUCAAGACAACAGACACGCGCUGAUGACGUUCGAGCAUCUCGGAGCUUCGUCAGAGACCCUCCCCGUCGCGAGGCUUGUGCGCGCAUGGUACCACCGCGGACAGCGCGAGGUCCUCAGUGGGAACUCGCAACAUGCACUGAAGCUUCUGACGAAGCAGCUGGCCAAGCGCAUUGUCAGUCACACAAAGCACCUGCUCGAGGGUCAGAUCGAGUUCAGCGACGAUGAAAAGGAACGACUUCAGCGACGUGUGCUCAUUCCCUUCACUGAACUACACAAGACCAUCCGCGAGGACGCC